AUGUCUUACGCCGAGCAUGGACCGCGCAUCUUUUUGGCGGGCAGACCAAGCAGUGGUGCACCCUUGACUUAUGGGGAUUACGUCUUGCCGAAAAAAAGAUCGGAAGGUCGUUUGAAGCAGUACAAUUCAUGUAGAGACAUCCGAGCUUGGAGUCCAAACAUCUUAGAGAGUACGCGUUACUUUCGCGAGCUCAACGAACAUGAUCCUGCGCCAGAAAGAGUGAUACCAUUCAAUGUAGUAAUGGAAAACAUGAUAAGACUUACGGCUCAAGCCCAAAAUGAGCUUCGUGUUGUACAGCGAGAACUGCGAAAAUAUAAAUCCUUGAAGCUUACUUCGGAACAACAGAAAUAUCUGGAAAAUUUCGACAAAGCCGUCGUGAUUAAUGAGACAGAAGAAAUGAAAGUAGAAGCUAUAAUAAGACCGCUCUCUCAGGAAGGAUCAUUCAAUGCAAAUAAGAUUGCUGCCGUGCAACAUUCCGAUAUGUAUCUGUCCAUGUAUUUUCAUCCCGGUAGGAGAUUCCGAUACGAUAGAGGAGUCCAGAAUUUCUUAUUAACUAAUACGCACGUUUUGAAAGAGAAUCUGAACGCGAAAUCAUUAUCGGGAAAUAAUACUUAUCUGGUGUCGCGCGUAACAUCCUGCGAUAUAUUAACCGAAGCGAGAUCCGCGCGAGAGUAUAGCGAUCAAACGAGCACUUAUAUCGAGUACGUUGACGCAUCUUCUCAAGUGAUGCAUGAUGUUUGCGAGGUGGGUGUACAAACGGACAGGUACAAAAAUGACGCUUACGAGGGACAAUCUAAUGUCGACUCGUCGUCUAGUCAAUACUGCGAAAGCAGCGAAAGCGUAUCAACAUCAGAGAGCGAGUUAAGAAUAAACAUGGAGCCUGAAAUUUGUGAGAAAAAUCAUAAGGGAAUGAAGGAAGAUGAGCUAGAAGAGCUGCGAGAAUUGAAUAAGCAUUUGCAAACAUUGUUAAAAGAAGAGGAUGAAAAUGCAAACAUUUUGAGACGUAAUUUUAAUAUUUUGCAAGAAAAGUUGAAAAUAGUAAACGACAAGCGCAAUGUCGAAGUGGAAAAUUUAAGUGCAAAACUUUCUUCUUCGGAGUGUCUGGUGGAUCAGUUGAAGAUAGAGUUAGGUAGAAAAUGUCAAGUUUGUUAUUUGCAAUCGCAAGAAAUCCAAAAGCUUAGGCAGGAAGUUAAAGAAGCAGAAGUACUUUCUAUAGAAAACCAGUCUCUUGCGCGGAAGAUGAAAGAGAUGGAACAUUUAUCGAAAGAGGCGGAAAGCUGCGGCAUUGCUUUAGAACAGGUGAAAAAUGUCUGGCGGGAGCGGGAUAUGCUUCAGAAGCAAUAUCGCGAGCAAAGUUGCACGUUGGCGGACAGAGAAGACGAAAUAAAACGACUAUUGACGUUGAUAAAGCAAAUGUCUGUCGAGGCAGACACUCGUGAGGUAGAGAUGAAUGAUGUAGUGGCCAACUUGAAAAAUGAGAUUCAGGUGAAAAACGAGAAGAUCUCGCAGUGCGAAAUGCAGCUAAUUUGCAUGGAGCGGGAAGUCGGUAAUCUGACUAACAUGCUGAAAAGUAGUUUGAACAAUUUGGACGAGUCUAAGAUAGCGUAUGAGGGGAUUUGCGAGUACACCAAAUGCGAGCACGACACUUGCUUAGAUGUCCAGAGCGCGUUGUCCGCUUUAAAAGCGUUCAUAGCCGAGUUGGAGGAGUGUAAACUAGAACGACGUAAUCGUCUGCGGGAAAUAGAUAACUUAAAGGCUUAUGUGGCAUGUUACAGCCAAGAGUCCGUCAGCGAGAUUACAAACACAGAUUUUGAUACCGGAAACGGAUCGAUCCAGCCGGCUGCAGAAGACUCCACGUCGAGUAAUUGCGGUGAUGAUUUAUCUAAAGAAUUAGUUAACGUUCAGAUUCAGUCGGAUGAUAUUGACUCUAGUGCGACAUGUUCCGAAGAGUCGGGAAAAAUAGAAUUGAACGAAGUAAUUUCGUACGAGGAAAUCGAUCACGCUCUCGCCACGCAUAUCAAACGUUCCAUCGACAAGAUACACGAGAUAUCCACAGUUCUUCAAGGCGCCGGGGAUUAUCACGUGCAGAUCGUUAAAGAGUUCGCGAAGCAGCAGCAGGAGCUGCAAAAGAAGGAUCUCGAGAUAACGAAAUUAAAACAAAAAGUGGCAGAGCAUAUGUUGCAGAGGGGCGAAGGGGAUUGCAUGAUUCAAGAGCAGAUAAGAAAAAGAAUGCUGGAGAAGGAGAAAGUAUUGGAAACUGUAAUAAAUAAGAGAGACUCGGAGAUUGAGAGAUUGCACGAAGAUGUUCUCGCGUUGAAAAGCGAAAACGUUGAUCUUUUCGAUACAAACACUGCGCAAAACGAGGAAUUAAGAGUACAGAGAGAUCAGAUGCGAGGAAACGAAUAA